AUGUGUGUUCACGAUAAAUAUAAUUUUGAUAAAUUGUUUGAAGUAACUGGAAGGGAAACUUGGUUUGCUUUAAUUGAUGACUUUAUGGAUUCAGAUCGUUUCCCCGAAAUGGAAGAUGGUUGCACCGAUGUUUGUAAAGAAAAAAUGAUAAAAUUAACCCAGUAUAUAUUCAAAAACUAUAUGAACUCGGUAUGUUGGUACUACCAUGAUGUUAAAAUUAAAGAUAAUAUGAGAAAUUCAUGUUAUACAUUUUAUUGCUCUUCAAUAAAUGAAAAAAGAGAACCCGAAAACUUCAACUAUACACCGCAAUUAGAAAAAGAUAGUAGUUUUUUCCCAGAUUAUCCAAAUGUUUUAAAAGAAAAUAAUAAAUAG